GGCUUUGGUGGCGGCCGCAUUGGGUCGUGGCUGGUCCGCGCCUCGCUUCCAGUCCGGGGCUGAGGCGGCUGUGUCGAGGACUGGGGGGCGGCCAACCACCACCCCCUGACACCCGCCCUCUCCUCCGUCACCCCAUCCCGGGGUGCCUGCCAUGAAUGUGGACGUGGAGUUCCACAUUCGCCACAACUACCCCUGGGCCCGCCUCCCUGCCAGCGUCAAGCAGGGUCUUGGAAACUCACAACGGGAAUAUGAAAAGCAGGUUGUGCUAUAUAGUAUCCGCAAUCAGUUGCGGUAUCGGAAUAACUUAGUUAAGCAUGUCAAGAAAGAUGAACGCAAAUACUAUGAGGAACUUCUGAAGUACAGCAGAGAUCAUCUCAUGUUAUACCCAUAUCACUUGUCUGACAUCAUGGUGAAAGGCUUGAGGAUAACGCCCUUUUCAUAUUACACAGGAAUAAUGGAGGAUAUAAUGAACAGUGAAAAAAGCUAUGAUUCAUUGCCCAAUUUUACUGCUGCAGAUUGCCUAAGGCUGCUUGGCAUAGGAAGAAACCAGUACAUUGAUCUAAUGAACCAGUGUAGAUCAUCAAAAAAAUUUUUCAGAAGGAAAACAGCUCGUGAUUUGCUGCCUGUGAAACCAGUAGAGAUUGCUAUAGAGGCUUGGUGGGUGGUACAAGCUGGUUACAUCACUGAGGAUGACAUAAAGAUUUGCACUAAUGCUGAAAAAUCUGCUAUUGAUAAGAUCAUUGAUUCAGGUCCUCAGCUUGCUGGAUCUCUGGACUACAACAUUGUUCACAGUUUAUAUAAUAAAGGAUUUAUUUACCUUGAUGUACCAAUAUCAGAUGACAGUUGUAUAGCAGUGCCCCCGCUCGAAGGUUUUGUUAUGAACAGAGUACAGGGUGAUUAUUUUGAAACCCUGUUGUAUAAGAUAUUCGUUUCAAUCGAUGAACACACAAACGUGGCAGAGCUUGCAAACGUCCUGGAGAUAGAUCUGUCACUGGUGAAGAAUGCUGUCUCCAUGUACUGUCGGUUGGGGUUUGCCCAUAAAAAGGGGCAAGUAAUAAAUCUGGAUAAUAUUCAUUUGUCAUGGAGGAGAGUUCCAUCUAUAAACAGGCUGAAAACUACUUUGGAUCCACAGAAGAUGCUGCUAUCCUGGGAUGGCACAGAAAGCAGGAGCCCUGUGCAGGAGACGGGGUCAUCCGCCACAGAUACAGACACAAAUAGCCAAGAUGACCAGGGUGAUACUGCCAGUGUGAGCAGCUUGAGUCUGUCGAGUGGACACAUGAAGCGCAUAGCCUUCUUGUUUGAUUCAACUCUUACUGCCUUCUUAAUGAUGGGGAAUCUCUCACCAAAUUUGAAAAGUCAUGCAGUCACCAUGUUUGAAGUUGGAAAAUUGUCAGAUGAGUCUUUGGACAGUUUUCUUGUAGAGCUUGAAAAGGUUCAAAGCACAGGAGAGGGUGAAGCGCAAAGAUACUUUGAUCAUGCACUAACCCUGAGAAAUACUAUCCUGUUUCUAAGACACAAUAAGGACCUCGUGGCUCAAGUUACACAGCCUGAACAACCUAAUAAUGGUUUUCCUCUGGAUUUACUGCGCUGUGAAAGUUUGCUUGGCUUGGACCCUGCCACAUGCAGUAGAGUUUUGAACAAAAACUACACACUGCUUGUCUCCAUGGCACCUCUCACAAAUGAAAUUCGGCCCAUCAGCAGCUGUACACCCCAGCAUAUUGGACCAGCUAUUCCAGAAGUUAGCUCUGUAUGGUUCAAGCUCUAUAUCUAUCAUAUUACUGGACAAGGGCCACCAUCCCUGUUGUUAUCUAAAGGAGCAAGACUUCGAAAACUUCCGGAUAUCUUUCAGGGUUAUGACCGCUUGUUGAUAACCUCUUGGGGGCAUGACCCAGGAGUCGUCCCAACUUCAAAUGUGCUCACUAUGUUGAAUGAUGCUUUAACCCAUUCUGCUGUUCUGAUUCAGGGGCAUGGCAUGCAUGGUAUGGGAGAAACUAUCCACAUGCCGUUUCCAUUCGAUGACGCGGAACAGCAGGGAGAUUUUUCUCGUCUCAACAUGGGUGUUCAUAAAGCGCUGAAGAUGUUACGGGAAAAGAUGGAUCUGCAGCAUUUCUGUGGCUAUGUAACCAUGUUGAACCCUUUCAGUCAUCAUGUGAACAGAAAGCUGAGUGAUGCUUCUGAUGGAAAAGGUGAGGCAGAGCUGGCACUGGGCUCAGAUGUAAAUGGAAGCACUGAAUCAUUUGAAAUGGUCAUUGAAGAGCCAUCCAUAGAUUCAGCAGCUAAGCAAAGUCCCGAAGUUCCUACAACAGAACUGGAAUGGGUUCCCCUGGAACUGUGCUUUGGAAUUCCACUCUUUAGCUCAGAAUUAAACCGGAAAGUCUGCCGGAAAAUUGCGAGCCAUGGGUUGUGUAGCAGAGACAGCCUUCAAAAACUGUUACAUUCCAGUAGAAAACUUUCUCUUCAGGUCCUUAGCUUUGUCCAUUCAUUCCAGGAAAGCAUUUCAACCGUGGAAUUACUUUCAGAGACCAACUUCUCUUCUUCAGCUGCAAGUUUACUUUCGCAUCCAGCUUCUGCUGACACAGGCGUCCCGCUUCCUGCCAAGAAUCUAAUGUUCAAGGACGGCGUAUUAUCAGAAUGGAAUGGACGGUCUCCUUCCUCUGUCCUUAUCGCAACCGUGCUCCCGGAACACCUGAAGUAGUUUGAGAAUUCCCCGUGUGGUGUUCACAUCUUGCCUUUUUUCUCCUGGUAACCAACUGCAUUCAACUUCCAGUGCCAAUCUUCUCAGAAGUUCAAUGCUACUACAGCAUGACCUCUGCAAUGAUAAGUGUUAUUAAAGUGUCUAGUGUUGCACUUAACCUGGAGGAGAUGCACCCCCAUCUCCCCCAUCUGUUACUGCAUGACCUGCUGCAACAGAAAGCUUCUUAGCUCUUGGCCUGUCUCUCUUUUUAUCUCAAGACAAUCAAUCUUUCUUUUAUAAUGGAAAGCACCCUUCUUAGGCUCUCUGAUUGUUGAAUUUGUAUGCCUUCACAACGGAUAAUAGUAAUUUUAUACAUUAGUGAUGCAGAUCUUAAAAUUGCUUCUAAUUUUUGUAUUGUAUUAACAUGUAACAGUUAAACAGUUUUUGGCAUUAGAAUGGCACAAACGGUAUUCAAGUAGUGUAACAAAAGCAUCAGUGAUGCUGGUGAGGCUGUUGGGGGGUCAUGGAGGGAAUGGUUAUCGACAUAUUUAAUAAUUAGCUAUUAACUACCUGAUAGGAAGAAUAGUGGGGGAGCAUCAAGCUGUUUUCUAAGCAGUUUUAAUCUUAAACUUAAAAAAGCACCUAAAGAUGUCUCCUGCAAAAACUUUCAGAGAUGGAAAUAAUUUUCAUCCGUGGUCAAACCUCAUUGUUUGAUGGAAUUUUGCCAGAGUUAAAUGUGGUGCUGUCUGUACAUAGAAAUCCUUGUUUAGAAACUGUGUUCAUCCAACUUGGUUUUAUCAACACAUUUACAAUACAUUGAAAAGCACGGGGCCCUUUGGCUCCAGUCACUUCUUUGUCCAAAGUUAACGAAGAGCCUGCUUGCAUCACCACUUCAUUGUGGGGUAGCUGUCCUCAAGCCUUGCAUGUGAUGGCCUCCGGCCCAUACUUCGCCAGCCGCCCAUGUGACUCUACCGCCACGUGUGAGAUUCAGCUUUUGCUUCGGCACUGCAGGAAGCUGCAGCGAUGUUGCAACAGCUGAUCACGUGCCUAUUGGUAGGUGCACAUGGAUUUUCAAGCACACUUCAGACUCCCGGGAAAACCGGUUGCAUGAAUAGGUGCUAACCAGUGAAAAGCACAGAACAGUUGGUCAGUAUGGAAAGCAGUCUGCAAAGCUUUGUGUCCCUAAUGAGUGUGGCAUGUCGUGGAGGCUGCGUUGAAGCAGUUCGUAGUGGAUUCUUCCCACUGAUAUCUGACAUGGAGAAAGUCCGUAAGCUGAAGCAAGCCCACCUCGUGUCGAACUCUUACCUUCCAUAUAGCAGUUGACUCAGCUAUUCGGAUUGAGAACAGACCUGUAUCUCAUUGGCAAGCUUAGGUUGCAGUCCGCUGAAGAACGUCUGCUCUCCACUGAGACGACAGGAGCACUGGUAUCACCUGUAUGCAGUUGCCAUUUGUCUCAGUGGGGAUGGCACAGAAGAACAUUCCAGUGGAUUGAGCCAUGGUGGGGGAGGUGUUGCUGUUCACCACGGGAAAAGUCUUAAGCGAAGAUUAUUGCAUUUUGAUCCUUUAUAUUUUUUCUCAGUGUUCCCUUCUUAGAAGGGCAGGAGGAGUGUAUGCAGUGUUGUAUAACAGUUAGCUUUGUAUAGUUCCUAUGAACUCCAUGCUUGUGGUUCUUCUAGUUUCAGGAUCUUUGCAACAGCUGUGAAAUGUAAAAAUGCAGCUGUAAAACAGUUAAAAUUAGAGCCUUUCAUGUCAAAUCAGUGUGGUCUAAAAGGUUUUAUAUAGGGGCUUUCAGGAAGGGUGGCUAUUUUACUGGAAUAGUUUUUUAAAAGGCAUGUUAGUAGGCUAUAAUGGUUGGGAUAUUUGGGGGACCAAAAACCCAGGGAACAUCGAAGUGGCAUUUAAAUAGGAUGCAGUAAUAGCAGGUUCCUUCUCUAGUUAUGUAGAUCUAUAGAGAGAGAGAUAACAGGAUUUGUUGUGCAUAUUUUAAAAAUGGGAAAUAUGUUACAAUUAUCUGCAUUCUAAUUGUUAGAAAUGGAUUCUCUGUUUCUCUCUUUCUUGUUCCUUCUGUUUUUACACACUAAUUCUGGAAAUAAAGGGUUCUCUUUCGUCUUAAAAGCAGGCAUGAUGCAUACUUUGCAUAAGCAGAGAUGGUUUUGGCCAUCUCUGCUUUGUCCUUUUGUUUUUUGUAUUUUCCCCCUCUACAGUAUGAGUGGGACUCUUUUAUGCUGCACACAGCACAGGGCUUCACCUGCUAAAAUGACUUAGCAUGCACACCCAGUGCUUCUGGACGGCUAUCGCAAUGGAGAUGCAACUGCAGGCGCUUUAUUGCAGUCUAACACAAGAACGUGUUUAGAUGAAGGCUAACUGGGCACUCAGCUUGUUACCCCAAAGUAUUUCAGGGCUGCGAACUGAUUUUUAAAAAUGCUCAGCACAUGCCUGCCCAGCUCCUGUGCACUGAUCAGCAACAUAAUACGCAGAAAUCAGUAGACUGAAAAUGUUCACAGCGCACACUUAUCACUUGCUGAUGGGCUCAUGUCAAGGUUCUCCCGAUAGGUCACAAGAGCAGGGGCGAAUGAAAGAGUUGGCAAUGCUAAAGCAGUUUCCCUAAAGUCAUCUGCUCUACUUAAAGAAGUGACUUGUAUGGCCCAGCUAGCUGCAUUUCAUCCAGACUGAAAUACAGUGAAUGCAGAAGUCAGUGGCUUUUCUUUUCCCACUUCUUUGGUGUAAGAUCUACCUUGAGCAGUAUUGAUUUACCUAGGUAUGGGGCAGGGGUUCCUGAUAUGAUUAGAGCAACAACUUGGGGGGAUUAACUCUGUGACAUUUUCCAGCUCUAAAUUGCCCCUCAAUGCUAUUAUUAGCCAAGUUUCAGCCCACAUCGCCCUAUUCCUGGGCUAACAGCAGCUUCAGAUGCCAGUUUAUGUCAAGCAUGGGGAAAGGGGGAGGUUAAAUACCCCCACUGCCUCUGCUCUGAUAAAAUUCAGGCAGCCCCAUUACUACAAACGAAGUAUGGAUCUCCCACAUGCUUGGCCCUUGAUAGGUUGUCAGUGGAUGGAACAGGGAGGCCUUACUGAGAAAGAUGCAGUGGCUUAUCCAUGCCCUGUCUUCUGUAAACGAAUGCAGAAAGGCAGCCAAGGGACACCACUAGAAACCCCGCAGAAUUCCAGGGCUUUUCUGCAACUGUUACCAAAGAUGGGCUUAAAUCCCUACAUGAUUCAACUUGAGUAAAAUUGUAGUUUUACUCUCCAGCCCCAAGAUACCAUCUUACCCUCUCCCCUUUUGUUCUUGUCUGGAAGUUCCAUUAAAACAAGGUUGACUGCUGUAGCCCAUAUAUGUUUUUGGCUUAAUCCUACGAAGGUAAAACUUAACGGUGGCACCUUGACUGCGAGUGUUAUCACAGUAGUAGUAUUUUAGGUGCAUGGUGGGCACGCAAACUGACAGGCAUCCACCAUGGGGGUGAUGGGACGACAUUCCUUAGGCAGGUUGUAGAAGGAGAGCAAGAACCAUUCUAUGUCACAUCAUUCCCCACUCUUCCCCACUUAUGAAAAGUGAAGAUGCAAAAGAGUCGCUUAACCCUUCCAUCUCUGAUCCUUUCUGCCAUUUAUUCUGUAUGUUAGGUGUGUCAUGAAAUCUGAAUUAUUUAACUAUGCUGUGAACAAAGACAAAACUUGUAUUCAACCAAAAAUCGUUUUUUUACUCUGUCAAGCUGUAUCCCUUUUUCCCUCAGCAGCUCUGUACUUGUCUAGAAUCAGGGUUGUGAUGUUUUAGGCCUUAAACAUUUCAUAGUUUCCUUCAGAACAAAGAUGUAUUUUGGUUUCUUAAGUAUGGAAAGAAAUGAGACGUCCAGAAACAUUUUUAACCACACUUGCCCUGGAAGACUUAAGAGUUUUUCAAGACCGGUUUUAUCAGGAUAUCCCUUCUUUUUAUAUAUGUGCACACAUGUGUUCUUCCUUCCUAUCUUCUUAGCAAUUUGAUUUCUUUAAUUAUCUUAUUUUUAUUUGUAUUUCUUUGUCCAGUAAUUCUAACCUCAGUGGUAUCUUUUGAAGGUUUAAAGUGUGAAAAUCGGACAACCAUAAAGCAACUCAGUUGCUUUCUUUCUAGUCUGACAUUGAUAGUAUACAGUGAAGUGUACAAAACAUGGUAUUCAAUUAAAUUAUUGGAACAUGUAACAUAAGUGUUUACAAAUAAAACUGUGUUGCUGGUCA